UCUUUUGUUUUAUAUAAGAUUGGUUGCUUAACCAAUCUUAUAUAAAACAAAAGAAACACGCUAGUGAAACUUCACAACACAACAAUCAUACCAUAACAUUAUCUCAGCAAAAAUGUCAGCAACAUCUAAACAAGUAGAGAACCUAAGCACAAACGAUAAGGCUAACCAUCGGCCCUCAUCUCCUUCAUCACACACUAAAAAAUGCCCUUUCAAUGCAAAUUUCAUAAAGAUGGUACUAGAAGAGCUAAGAGUUCAACGAGGGAUAGCCCUUCCUCUUGUGGCCAUGAACUUGGCUUGGUUUGCCAAGACAGCCAUAACAACAGCUUUUCUUGGCCACCUUGGGGAGCUGAACUUAGCCGGUGGCGCUCUCGGGUUCAGUUUUGCUAAUAUCACCGGCUUCUCCGUCUUGAACGGUCUAAGCGGCGCCAUGGAACCAAUCUGUGGGCAAGCGCAUGGAGCCAAGAACGUGAGGCUCCUCCACAAGACCCUUCUCAUGACAACCCUCUUGUUGCUUUUGGCAUCACUCCCCAUAUCUUUCAUGUGGUUGAACGUUGACAAGAUUUUGAUUUGUUUUGGCCAACAACAAGAGAUCUCAACCGUGGCCAAAACCUAUGUUUCCUAUCUCAUACCUGACUUGUUGGUCACUUCACUCCUUUGUCCCUUAAAAACCUACCUCAGCUCUCAGUGCAUGACUCUUCCCACCAUGUUUAGUUCUGCUGUGGCACUAGCCUUUCACAUACCCGUUAACAUAGUACUCUCCAAAACCAUGGGACUCCGAGGAGUUUCGAUUGCGGUUUGGAUAACCGAUCUCAUGGUUAUGGUUAUGCUGGCGGUUUAUGUUGUGGUUCUUGAGAGAAGAAAUGAGGGCAUGUUGUGGAAGGAAGGAGGGUGGUGGGAUCAGAAUGUGAUGGAUUGGAUUAGGCUAAUGAAGCUUAGUGGGUCAUGCUGCCUCAACACGUGCCUUGAGUGGUGGUGUUACGAGAUUCUAGUUUUGCUCACUGGCCACUUGGCAAACGCAAAACAAGCCCUGGGGGUUCUGGCCAUUGUGUUGAACUUUGACUAUUUGCUUUACUCAGUGAUGCUUUCUCUAGCCACGUGUGUUUCCACUCGUGUGUCCAAUGAGCUUGGUGCUAAUAGUGCUGGUCAAGCUUAUAAAUCAGCACGUGUGUCUUUGGCAGUGGGUGUUAUAUCGGGUUGUAUCGGUGGUUCCAUGAUGGUGGCUUCUAGAGGGGUUUGGGGGAAUUUGUUUAGCCAUGAUAAAGGGGUUGUAAAGGGUGUGAAGAAGACAAUGUUUUUGAUGGCUCUGGUGGAAGUGUUUAAUUUUCCUGUGACGGUUUGUGGAGGCAUAGUGCGAGGGACUGCAAGACCAUGGCUAGGAAUGUAUGCCAAUAUUGGUGGAUUCUACUUCUUGGCCUUACCAUUGGGUGUGGUUUUUGCCUUCAAGCUUCGUUUAGGACUUGCUGGACUCAUUAUAGGAUUCUUGAUUGGUGUUGUUGCAUGCUUGAUUUUGUUGUUAACAUUUAUUGUGAGAAUAAAUUGGGUGCAAGAAGCUACCAAGGCACAAAUGUUAGUAUGUAUUCCCGCACAGGUACAGGAACAAGUUCCAAGAAAUCAGGUAAAUGAACUUGUACGUUGAAAGAAACCUCUAUGGCUCUAUCACCCCAAAUUCAUAUAUAACAACACUUGGGGUGAGAAGAAUUAGACAUGUACAAUAUGCUAAGUCCCUUCUCAAUCUCACUAGUAUUUGUGAUCUCGGGUGUUUUCUGAAUCAUAUCAUUGCUAGUUGUAAUUGUAGUAACGGAUGCAGUGGAACUUCAGAUUUGAAAAUUAGAAGAUUAAUGCAUUUUAAAUCAAUAGGUAGAACAAGACGUUGGUCUACGUACUAAUGUUAUAAUUGUGUCAAAUGAUCAUAAUGCAAUCAAGGCAAAACUAUUCUAUUCAUA